AUGUGCCGGUGUAAGGACUGCUCCGCAAGGCGCUUCUGUCCGGGGCUGGGUGGGUGAGCGGGGUUCCCUGCAGGCAGUCGGCGCUCCAGCAGCGCCUGCAGGACCCAGUGGCCCAGCCCCAUCGGCUCUUUGGGAAACCUAACGGGGAGAGCGAAUUGUCCGCUGACGGAGGGGAGGGAGGGGGCGGGCAAAAGGGUGUUCCCGGACUGGGUCCUUUCGCUGCCGCUGCCGCUGCCGCUGCUUUCCAUCCGCAUCAUGGCCGCGAAGUCGGACGGGGGGCGGCUGAAGAUGAAGAAGGGCAGCGAGGUGGCGUUCACGCCACUGCAGAAUUCGGAGCAUUCCGGUUCGGUGCAGGCACUGGCCUCGGGCUUUUCCUCCGGCGCGGAGGGCCCCGUCAGCGCCGAGGAUGACGAGUCACCUGGCGGCGGCUGCUGCAACUCCGGCGGCGGGAGUCAAAGGGACGGCGGUGGAAACGGCGGGUGCCGCUGCUGCUGCUGUAGCAGCGGAGGCAGGGCGGCUGGUGGCUCGCGGGGCUCGGGCGGAGGUUCGUCGUCGCUGUGCUUGCGGCUAGGCAGGGAGCAGCGGCGCUAUUCGCUAUGGGACGGACUGUGGAUUCUAGCCGCCGUGGCCGUGUACUUUGCGGAUGUGGGCACGGACCUCUGGCUGGCGGUCGACUACUACCUUCGAGGCCAGCGCUGGUGGUUUGGGCUCACACUUUUCUUCGUGCUGCUCGGGUCCCUUUCAGUACAGGUCUUCAGCUUCCGCUGGUUUGUCCACGACUUCAGCUCCGAGGACAGCCCCUCGGUGGCUCCUGCCUCCUCCUCCUCUGCCGGACACGGCGAAAGCAAACUGCUGGUGAGCAGCGGGUCGGCCGCGGGGGAUAUGGAUGCCGGGGCCCGGCCGGCCACACCACAAAGGCAAGCGUCCAAUGCCAGCAAGGGCAACGCAACUAAUAGCAGUAACAGUAGCAGCACCAAUGCGACCAGCACUACCAGUGGGGGAGGUGGAGGUGUUGGCUGCAGCGGCAUCCGAACCCCCAAGACCAGAUCUGCCUCCUGCGCCUUCUGCAUCUGGCUGAUGCAGUCUCUUAUCCACAUCCUGCAGCUUGGGCAAAUUUGGAGAUAUUUCCAUACUAUAUAUUUGGGCAUUCGGAGUAGACAGAGUGGAGAGAAUGACAGAUGGCGUUUUUAUUGGAAAAUGGUCUAUGAGUAUGCAGAUGUGAGUAUGCUGCAUUUGCUUGCUACAUUUCUGGAAAGUGCCCCACAAUUGGUCCUCCAACUCUGCAUUGUUGUACAGACGCGCACCCUUCAGGCCCUUCAAGGUCUUACUGCAGCAGCAUCUCUAGUAUCUUUGGCAUGGGCACUGGCUUCAUAUCAAAAAGCUCUUCGUGACUCCCGGGAUGACAAGAAACCUAUCAGCUACAUGGCUGUAAUUAUUCAAUUUUGUUGGCAUUUUUUCACAAUCGCAGCCAGGGUGAUUACUUUUGCUCUCUUUGCCUCUGUUUUUCAACUAUACUUUGGAAUCUUCAUAGUCCUUCAUUGGUGUAUUAUGACUUUCUGGAUUGUCCAUUGUGAAACAGAAUUCUGCAUUACUAAAUGGGAAGAGAUUGUGUUUGACAUGGUUGUUGGAAUAAUUUAUAUCUUUAGUUGGUUCAACGUCAAGGAGGGAAGGACACGUUGUAGGCUUUUCAUUUAUUAUUUUGUGAUCCUUUUGGAAAACACCGCCUUGAGUGCUCUUUGGUAUCUAUACAAGGCUCCUAUGAUUUCUGAUGCAUUUGCCAUACCGGCACUUUGUGUGGUGUUCAGCAGCUUUUUAACUGGCAUUGUUUUUAUGCUGAUGUACUAUGCCUUCUUUCAUCCUAAUGGACCACGAUUUGGGCAGUCACCAAGCUGUGCUUGUGAGGAUUCUGUAGCUGCCUUCACUCUUCCUGCUGAAGUAGCAUCAAGUACUUUAAGGUCUAUUUCUAAUAAUCGGAGUGUCACAAGUGAACGGGAUCAGAAAUUUGCUGAGAGAGAUGGGUGCGUACCUGUCUUUCAAGUAAGGCCAACUGCACCUUCAACCCCUUCAUCCCGACCACCAAGGAUUGAAGAAUCUGUCAUUAAAAUUGAUUUAUUCAGGAAUAGGUAUCCAGCAUGGGAAAGACAUGUAUUGGACAGGAGCCUCAGAAAGGCCAUUUUAGCUUUUGAAUGUUCUCCUUCUCCUCCACGACUACAGUAUAAAGAUGACGCCCUUAUACAGGAGCGAUUGGAGUAUGAAACAACUCUAUAAAUACAAUGAAUACAGAAAACUCAGUGCAACGGCUAUGAUGCAUCCAAAUAAAAGGGUACUAAUAGGGCCGUGGCAAUAACUUAAUUUCAUUCUACAGCAGAUCAGGAAGCUAUAGCAGUGUCCUUAGUCUGACUACCAUCAUGAUUAUCAUUUGAUCCACUGUACCACAGUCUAUCUCAGUAAGCCUAAAAGAAGCAGCAUACAAAAACCUCAAAAAAUCAUUAUUUUUGACUGAGAAAUAGACUUAGUCUGAUUACUCUGAUUUUAAAGUGCAUUAUACGGAAUUUAAAAAUAAGACAGGAAGGGUUGAAUGAGUGACAUCCAACACACUAGUGAGUGGGGUUUUGUUUUCUUUUUUUUCCUUUUUAGAUAAAUCCCUGCAUAUGUUUUUAAGCUGAGUAUGUUUGCAUACUUAUUUACAAAAUAAAGUUGCAGUUUAGAAAAAAUGGUCAGAAUAACUAAAUUCAUACAAGGCAAUGUUACUGUUAUAUGAAUUCUAAUUUCUAUGAAAGAAAUUAAUAUAGUUAUCUUGCAUAGGUAAAUCAUGAAACAUUUUCAAAUGAGAGACAUUGAACAAGGCAUUAGUAAUUUUUCUCUAAUCUAGAAUUCUAUUUAUAAUCAAAGAAACUAUUCAUUUUUAUUUUAUUAAAUUUUAUUUUCUUUUUUUAAACAGAAAUCAAUAUUUUAUGUACAACUUCAGGGUACUUUUUAACAGAAAUUCUAUGCAGAUGAUUCCUUCCUCCUUCCUCAACUUUCAAAAAGAAUUGAGAGUUUAGAUGGUUAUUAAAAAUGUAAAUUAAAUGAUAAUCAUGAUUAAAUUUCAGUUGCAAAAACAAAAAAAGAAAAGAAAAGGGAGGGAGGGAGAUGGAAAAAAUACCAAAAAGGUAUACAUCCCAUAUACUGAAUCCUGUGAAGAUUAUGUUCAGAACAGCAGCAAAAGAGAAUAGGUGUUUUAAUCUACUAUAUAUGAAUAAAGCAUCACAAUAUGCUAUAACCUUUUAGUG